AUAGCCCUCCCAUAGGACACUGAUGAAUAUUCGAUAACACUGUCGCGUUGUGAAACGCAAUUGUGUCCUAAAGUGUCCACCAUGCAGGCCUCAACUGAACGUACGAUUACUCAGCCAAGCGGUGCUACGUAGGAUACUUGGCGUUAAACUUUACAGGCAAUAUCCUCGCCAACGUCUUUGCACCGACAGCAGCAGCAGCAAACUGUAAUGUUUUCAAUUUGGCUUCGUCUUAACACGCCAUCAUUAUCGCCCGACAAGCUCGUAUCUUUGAUUGAUUGCAGCAAUCCCAAAAAUCCUCAACGAGCACAGGACGUCUUUGCGGCUAGGACAAGUUUCAUUCCCGGGAUGUCCGCCGUCGACAUCAUAUUCGAAAUUUGCCGCCUGAACAACAAUGCUGGUGAGUCGCUGUGGAGACAACUCAUGAACGAAUUCCAUCCCGAUGACGCUAUUAUAGUCGAUAACCAUACCUUCUACUGCCUGAAGGAAAUGGGGGUAACUGUUUCAUAAAGUGCAGCUUAUCGGUCGUAUACCUCUCGGCGAGAAUGAUACGAUUAACGGAUAGAGUGGAUGUACUGAUGUUACUCCUGUCAGCAAGGCCGAUCAGUAGAAUUAAAUCAGUACGCUAACGUUAUAAAAGAGAUUAGAAAUCGAUCUGCACUUACACAUGUCGUUAAUAUUUCUAAUAAUAAUAAAUAUUAUUACAGUUAUUAUGCUGCUUAUAAGAUCAGUCCAUUAAGUUACACAUACGCUACACUCUGUGUGCUUUGCUAAGCAUAGUUCAAGCUGAAGCUCUUGUUGUUAAAGAACAAAUAAACGGUCAAGUAACAAAUUU